AUGUCGGAUCACCAAGCCAGCACCAUCCUCUCUACUUCCAACAAGAUGUCCACUACAGGCAGCACCUCACAAAGAGCUGGGUUCGGAUCGUCUUUCGCUAGACGCCCAGCAGCCCACAAUACAGGACGGAACGUCACCGCUGUCUCGCUCUCGGCUUGCGACACAAGGCAGGAUCGACCGAGUUCAUUUGCAAAGCAAUUCGACGAGCAUAGCGGCUUGCUCGAAACAGCACUAGACAGCGCCUUCAACACCCCUUCGAACGCAUCGUCUCUCAGCAGCAGCUUGCCAGUAAGCGUCGACAACAGUCCAUCUGCAACAAGCCCGGCGCCGGGGCCUGCAAAUGAACACCGGCUGCUUUCGCGACAGAUCAUGCAGUUGUCCGGCAGCAUGGCAGCCUGUGUGCAUCAGAAUGAGCUGGUCAUCUCGUUGUUGGAGCGCCUCGUGGCUUUGAGCGAGGGUGUUGCAAGCAGACACCUUCCAACAGGCGACGGUCGAGUCAUCUACACCGCUCCGUCAGCACCACUACGCGAAAGACUUGCUUCGAUCGGCGCCGGCAGCACCAGCAGCACCAACAGCAGUAGCAGCAGCGCUAGCAGCGGCAGAGACAGCAGGAGCUCCACCGCGGUCACUGCAUCAUCAGCAAAGCCCACCCAUAGCUAUGUCUUGCAUCACAUGGUCGACGAAGUCAUGACCGUGCAGCAGAACGCCCCCAACAUGACCGACCCUAACACUGGCCUCAACGCUCUGUACAGUGCGCCAGUCCACAACGCACCGGUCAAUUUUGGCACCGUGCCUGGUGCAGCCAUCGUGAUGCACCACGCCAGCAGAUCGUACGACUACCAAGAGACCGCGCCAAUGGCUACGACCAACAGCUCGGUGCAUGCCCUCGCAACCAUGGAUGACCCCGCCUCGUGUGCGUCUGCCGGAUUUUCGUCCCUUUCUGCUGCUAUGACCGCCAACGCACAGACAAACAUGGCACCACUCAUGUGCUAUACUUCCAUGAGCAGCACGCCGACUUCGCUCUUCAUGUCUGGCAGCAGCAACCAAGGCCACAUGGCCAGACGUUCCAGUGUCAUCUUCUCCACAACGACCCAAAGGGACGGCAGCGAUUUCCCAUAUGUCGCCUCGGUUGCCUCGAUCCAGCCGCUUUCUGAAGAUGGUCAGCAACAAAAGAAGCGCAAGAGAGUCGAGAGCGAAGACGAAGCUGACUCCGAUGGCGCAAGCCAGCCGGCAGCCGCGGAGGCGAACGCGGGCAGCAAGGACGAUGCCGGUGCAUGGCAAGAUUGGCAGCUGCCACGCCAACACCCGUUGUCAGUGUUGGAAGCACUGCCAAAGGCAAAGCACCGUGUGCUUCGCGAGGUGCGCGCCGAGAUCAAAGCCAGUUCCAGCAGGCCUUCCGGAGCCGUAGGCCGCAUUCCGCUCAAGCAGUACCUUGAAGUCAGCGGACCGGAAGAGUGCCGUGCCGUCCGACGACUGGGUCGAAAGCUGUAUACUGCCUGGCUCGAACCUAACACGCGAUUCGGCAAGCAAGACAGUACCCGUCUUUCCGCCUGUGUCAACCGCAUCGAAUACACAUUCCCCGUAUUGGCCGACUGCGAAGAGCACUGGAAGGCGCGUCAAGUGAUGCUCCAGAUCAUCGACAAUGCCAUCGAUGAACACAAGUCGAGCGAACGCCGCAACACGUCCCUGGCCAACGCGGGUGUAAGCGACACACCGUCUCGCAGGCGCGGCCGACCCAAAGGCACCACUGCCGCUGCCAUGGCUCAAAGGCGCCAUCAACAGACAUUGACUCAUCCUAGUAGCCAGGACACUGAGAGCCAAGACACCGAUGCAGACGGUAGCGACUUGAGCGAUAGCGAGACGGAAUCCUAG